AUGCCGCGCAGCAGUCCAGUCAAAGUCGCGUGUCGUGUAUGCCAUGACCGACGAGUAAGAUGCGAUCGUAGUGAAGGUGCCGCGUGUUCCAACUGCCAAACUGCCCGGCGCCAAUGUGAGCUGAUUAUAUCUCGGCGUGGACGGAAACGAAAGCUUCCUCUCCUACCCAUUGAGGCAGGCACUAGCAAGGGCCUUCCACAGACCUCUUGUAAUGUGUCGUAUGAAGGAGUGACGAGUCCAAACCCACCUCUGGCCACCCAUGCUCAAGACAAUGAAGAUAAACUACAACAAGAGCCAUGUUUCCCAGCUCUUGGACCAAGCGGAAAAACGCCGUAUGUUGGAGACACUUCUAAUCUCAACUACUUGGUCCAACAAUUUGGAAAUCCUUUCGGGGGUACGACGGAUGUUCGUCCACUUCAAGACCAUCUCCAUGGGGCAAUGCUGGCUCGGUUGGGCAGACCGACGACGCAGGAAAUUGAAAGGCUCCGCAUAUCUACUAGUGAAAGUCUUAACAGCCAAGGCGCAUUUGAUCUCCCGUCACAAGAGACCAGUCAGGCCCUUCUCGACGCUUACUUCCAUUUUUCACUUGCUGCACUGCCUAUUCUUGACUGGUCGAGCUUUCUCGUCUCUCUCUCGGAAGGCAAAUUUUCGCACUUGCUCUUGAAUGCGAUUUACAUCGCUGCUACUGUGUAUUGUUCGGAUUCAGUCAUUGCUGAUGCUGGAUUUGUGUCCCGGUAUGCUGCAAGUCUCACUUUUUACCGGAGGGCUAAAUCUCUUUAUGAUGCUGGAUAUGAAACAGAUGCCAUCGUGACCAUUCAAGCUACAUUUCUUAUGUGCUAUUGGUGGCAUGGACUCCUAGAGCAUAAAGACCCUUGGUACUGGGUUGGUAUCUCUGUGGGAAUGGCCCAGGCUUUAGGAUUGCAUCAAGCAAAGUCAUACAUCCGUCUCGGAGACAAAGAUCGAAAAUUAUGGCGAAGACUCUGGUGGAUGAUAUAUGCUAUGGACAUAAAUCUCUCUAUGUUUCUCGAUCGUCCUCCACACGUACAAGGAAGACUUUGCAAUGUUCCUCCUCUAUCGGAAGCAGAUUUUGAACAAGUCGGGUCUCAAGAGACAGAACCUUCCCGAGAAAGCUUCAAUGAGGCAAAUACCUUCGCGAUAAAUGCGGUGCAACUAGCUCGGACAGUGGAUCGCUACUUCACUCUCAAAUUCGAAGAAGAUACCGGCCACUCACAAGAUAUCUGCUUAGAGCAAAUUUCCUUGUGGGCUUCAUCCCUUCCCCCGGAAUCCAAGUCUUUGUCAACAAAUAGUAGCAAAUGGGCUAUAUUGACUCAGAUAUCAUACCAGGGAUGCCGACUAGUUCUACACCGAAGCAACCCAAGAUUCUCUCUUAAUACCGGACUAGACACCCCAACAUUCGAGAUAUGCACAGAGGUCUCCCGUAUGCUCGAAAUACUCAUGGCAAAGGAUCUUCUAUAUGCAGCCGCAGCUACCAUAAUUGCCCCCGUGCUGUCCGUGCUCUCAAUCUAUAUAGUCAACAUCCACAGAGGAGAUACCGGUAUCCAAAUGAUCUCACAGCAUCGUGCGCAGUUCUGCAUGCUGAUACUUGAAAAGUUGCAAGACCGGUUCCCGGUCAUUGCGGCCUUCUAUCCGAUCUUUGAAUCACUGCUUAGGCGAUUCUCUGCUGGUGCGCAGACACAUGAUGGAGCAGGGGUACCAGAGCGUCCGGUAACAGGAUCUUCGAUGCAAAAUGGUCGUCAACUUGACGAAAGUGAUAUUGGUAGUAUGAACACUACUGGGGGCUUGUUUGAUCAAGCUCCACAAGAUGGUAUGGGCAUGGCGUUUCCUUUCUCGUUUCCGUUUGGCAAUCUUUUUGAAGAUGUCUUUCUGAACUCGCAUUCUCAGUCUACACCUUAUUGUGAAGACGAUAUGUCUUAUCCUGAAUAA